AUGCUAGAUUCACACCUUACAGACACUUUGCAAUUGCUUAGAAAGUAACCACAACACAGAUGCAAGGCCGAAAUUGAUCUCUUGGUCUAACUGACCUAGGAACUACCAUUUUUUAAGUAGUAUUAGAGGCAAGAAAAUGGAUUAAUUAUUCAUCGUGAGUGCUGCAAAUACAUGUUUAUAGAAAAAUUCUAAUCAACUGAAGUUGUCUUUCAUUUAGAUACAAUUGGAACUAAAUUUUAUGUUAUUUUAGAUGGACAGGUGGAAGUGUUAAUAAGAAGGAGAGGAUUUGAUGAAUUAGAAUCUGUUAGAAUCCUCAAAAAAGGAGAAUCCUUCGGUGAAUUAGCACUUAUUCAUAAACAACCUCGAUUGGCGACUAUAAGAUGUGUCACUGACUGUACUUUUGCUAUUUUGGAUAAAUAAUAAUUUUAAAAGAUAUUACAUUAUGAAUAGACUAAAAAGAUAGAACAAAAUAUUGAUUUCUUUUCUCAAAUUUCAAUUUUUAAUUAACUGAAUCGAACGUAAUUAACCUCGAUAUAUUUGAACUCAUUUUUGUACGAAUAUGAAAAAAACCAAGUAGUCGUCCAAGAAGGUGAAAAGUCGGAUAGUUUUCUGAUUGUCAAAUAAGGUUUAUUUUAAGUUAGAAAAUAGACGAACAAGUCCCAACCAUUAGUUGUAAUAAUUUCCUAUAAAUUGUAGUUAUUUGAAAUCGGAGAAAUGUAGGUUUUUGGAUUUUAUCAUCUCUAUAAUAAGAUCCCCUAUGAAUAUUCCAUUAUUUGUUUAUCUUCAAAAGGUUGGAUUUAUAAAAUACACAGAAAUUCACUGAUUGAAAAAAUCUUCGAAUCAUAUUCUUAAGAUCUUGACAAACACAAAAAUGAAAUUAAUUUUUAUGCCAAUUAUAAAGUAAGUUAGGAACAAUCAACUCAUCUCAAAUAUCCACGAUUUUUCUAAAAUAAAACAGAAAUAGAUGAAGAAUUAGACACUUAAUAAGAUUAGGUUUCAACCAAAUUUAGUAAAAAUAGAAAAUGGAAGAACUUUGAUAAUAAGACCAGGAAUCAAAUGAUAUAAUAGAAAAUGGAUAAUCUCAUAGAGUAACAAAGAAGAAAAUAAAAUAACUAAUAGAUUACUCCAUAAACAAAUGGGUUAUUCCAGAUUUUCCUCAAAUCUCAUAGAGGAUUAAAAGAUUCAACUUUGAAUUUACGAUAGAAAAGUCCUUCUGUUCUCGAGGGUCAAAAUAGAUAAUUUGGAAGCAAGAGUCAUUUUGCAAAUUCAGAAGAGAUGUCCAUCAACCCAUUUAUCACUUACAGAUGUGGUAGUCCUCCUCUAAAGGAUGAUGGCGUAAGACAUAGCAUAUUAAAAACAUCAAGUAGUCAGAGAACAAUACUCAAGUAGCCUAAGCAAAGCAUCAAUAAAUUUAGGAUUUAAUAACAAAAUCACCUGAAAAGCUCUUUUAUUUGUUAUAAUCAAAUAUAGUUAAGUCCAAAAAUUACCAAGGUCAACUUAUAUUCUAAUUGA